GAAGCACAUAAUGCAAAAUACAUCAAUUUCCUGAUUGUGCUACUUUUGAUUCUAAAUGAGCAGUGCACAAUGCAAUAUACAGCAGUACACAAUGCAAUAUACAGCAAUUUCCAAAUUUCACCUGCACCGUCCGCCCCCUUCAUCACCUGCCAAGGUCAAAUCCCACAUUACUGUUAUUUUCCUGAUCCAGACAGACCACUAUUUCCUAUUGACUAAUUCCAGUGAGGCACCGAAAUAGGCGGGACGCUUUCAUAAGGUUCUGAUCUAUGACCUUUAAUUUGCACGUGUGCUUGGGAUAUAGAGGCGGUAAUUACAACGUUUAUUCAUUUGAUACUUUAGCAACAGUGUUGAAAACAGUGUAAGGAAAUCAUUACGUUAUUUGUUGAAUUUUCAUUAUACUUACAGUGAAAGAGAACAUCUGAUUUUAAAAGGACAGAAUCCAAAGUGAAAUCAGUGAUAUUAAGAGAACUAUAACAUUUGACUGAUACCUCUGAGGAAACAUAGACAUAUUUCUGAUAAAACAUUUGAUUUCAUUAUGAAGUGCUCUCCACUUUGUCAGUGUUUGGUAGUUGUGAUACUAUUCUGCUUGACCCUGCAGCGGUUGGUUUCUGGGAAUACGACUGACCAGGACCCAGAAACUUCUACAAUGUCAACACCCCUGACCAGAGAACACAUUUCUAGAAUGCAUCAAAGAUCACGUGCUUACAGGAGACAAGAGAUCAGAGCAAAGGUUCUGGAGUUCCUUGGUUGGACAUCCAUUCCUCAGAUCCGCCCCCGAGAUAGAGCGAUCAUCAACAGCACUCUAGCUAAUAUUUCUUCAAUAAGGAUCACCGAACGGCAAUGCUUUUCUGCAUCUUGUGAAUUACCCAAUAGAAUAGACGAGGACCUGUGGACUGAUUCGAGCACCGGAAGCCUCCGACUUAUGUUCGAUGUGAUUCCCUCUGAGAGUUGGACAAACGCAGAAAUUGUUAAUGCAUCUUUAAUGUUACAUUUAAAAGAAAGACCCUUGUGUAACUGUGAAGAUGACAAUAGAACAGAAAGAAUAUCAAUAAAGGUUCUACAGUACCUCAAACCUUUAAGACGCCGAAAUAGAUCUAGAGGAGGGAGGGCAAACCGACGAAGUACUGUCCGUCAAAGAAUACUCUGGACAUCAAUAGUAAACUGGACACCGAACACGUGGGUCGCCAUACCCGUCCAGCAGGCAGCAGACGAUUGGAUUGUAGCAAAUAAACGCAACCACGGCUUCGAAGUUAUGGUGAAUGAUCAGUUUAACCUACCAAUAAAUGCAAGCAGCGUGUUCUCAAGUAUAGA